UAAAUCAGUGGAAACAAAUGCAUCAUUCAGACUGCCUUGAAACCAGCACUAAGACACUUCUAGCUGACCAGUUAACAACAGAACUCCAAAAUGCCUGGAUAUACACUAACAUAUUUUCCCGUGAGAGGAAGGGCUGAACACAUUAGACUGCUAUGUUGGGACCAAGGGAUCCCGUUGACUGAAGAUGAAGUGCAAAUGCAAGACUGGGCCUCAGGAAAAGGAAACCUCAAGAAAAAUGCAGUCUUUGGUCAGCUACCUAAAUUUCUGGAUGGAGAUUUCAUUCUAUAUCAGAGUAAUACCAUUCUGAGGUACCUUGGGAGAAAACAUGGAUUGGGUGGCACCAAUGAUCAGGAGAUUGCAGUCAUAGACAUGAUGAAUGAUGGAGUGGAGGAUCUCAGGCAAAAAUACUACAAAUUCCUAUUUUUGGACAAUGAAUCAAAUAAGGAAAAAUACCAGCAGGAUGUUUCUAGUAUACUGACAGCUUUUGAGAAAGUCCUUUCACAAAAUCCCAAAGGACCAAACUUCCUGGUUGGAGAUAAAAUUUCCUAUGCUGAUUAUAACCUCUUGGAUACCUUGCACUGCAACCUUGACCUCUCAUCAGAAUGUCUGUCCUCAUUUCCUCUUCUCACAGCAUAUGUUGACCGUCUUGUGUCCAGACCAAAACUGAGAGUAUACUUGGAAUCUGAUGGACGCAAGAGACGUCCUAUAACUCCCAAACACAAGUAGACAAAAUAUCAGUAACUGUUAAUCAACAUUAAAUACAAAUUGAUCUUUGA